AUGGCGAAAAUUAAUCAACCGUCGACGCAGGUCAAACUCACAAACGUCUCCCUUGUGAGAUUAAAGAAGGGCAAGAAGAGAUUCGAAAUUGCGUGCUACCAGAACAAGGUCCAGGACUACCGGUCGGGCGUGGAGAAGGACAUCGAGGAGGUGUUGCAGAUCCCGCAGGUGUUCACCAACGUUUCCAAAGGCCAGGUGGCAUCCCAGGAGGACAUUGUGCUGUGUUUUGGCAAGGACAAAACCACAGAUGAGAUCGUGUUGGAGAUCUUGAAGAAGGGAGAAAUCCAGUUGAACGAGAAAGAACGCGUAGCCUCCAAGGAGAAGUUGCAUACCGAAAUCCUCACCAUCAUCGCCACCAAGUGCAUCAACCCAAAGUCCAAAAAGAGAUACCCGCCAACCAUGAUCAACAAGGCGUUGACAGAGUUGAAGGUUAACUUUUUGCCUAACCGGCCGGCCAAGAUCCAGGCCUUGGAUGCGAUCAGACUCUUGAUCGAAAAGCAACUCAUCCCUAUCGCCAGAGCCAAGAUGAGAGUCAAGAUUACGCUAGAGCUCGCCAAGUACAAGAAGAACCAGGAGCAGAUUAGGGGCUUCUUGGCGGAUGAGGUGGAUGAGGACAUUUCCGGCAAGCUCUGGGUCUGCGUGAGUUAUAUCGAUCCGGUUAACUACAGGGAUAUUGUCGAACUUUCCCAGGCCAACAACGGUAGUGUGGAGGUUCUCGAUAUGACUGUUGCCGAUGAAAGUGACAAGAACUUGUAAUGAGUAACGUAUAAGAUGUAUGGGGAGAUUUUGAAAGAAAAUGGAGUGUAUUCUAUGAAGAGAUUUUUACUCUCCUGUGAAUGUGUUAAUGAAAUGUUAUCUUUUUGGAAAAUACGUAUAUAGAGGGUAUAUGGAGGGGAAUUAGAUAUUGCCUAAUGAUUUGAGUACCCCAAUAUCUCGAAAAAGAAUCUCUACAAGGAUUGAACGCAGCUAGCGUUGGAUGUACCUCCGUUUUCAAAAC